AUGACCUUUCUCGCUCAUACAAAGUCGGCUCUGUUCAACCCUGACCGCAAUCCGAUCCUCCACUCUCUCCUGAAACGCACCUUUUAUGCCCAGUUCUGUGCUGGAGAGACGCCGUCAGAGGUUCGAAGCACAGUUGCAAGCUUGAAGCACACUGGGUUCAAAGGAGUAAUAUUAGGCCACGCGAAAGAGGUCGUCCUCAGUAAAGAAGAGGCCGAUGGGUUGGAUGUGCCUAAGAAUGCAGCAGAACAGGCUCAAAUCGAUGCCGAGGAAAUUGCCACGUGGAGACAGAACACCAUUGACACGGUGGACCUUACGCAAAAGGGUGACUUCGUCGCGCUCAAAUUCACCGGAGCGGGACGCCAAGCACUUCGACAUCUGAAGGCCACAAUCGCAUGCUCUCCAGAGUUCGAGGUGGCAGUGCACGACAUCUGCCAGCGAGCUCAGGAGAAGGGUGUCGGGCUCCUGUUCGAUGCCGAACAAGCAUCCUUGCAACAAGGUAUCGACAACUGGACCUUGUACUUCGCAAAGAGAUACAACAGAGAACAAGCGUUGGUAUACGGUACCUACCAGGCUUACGCGAAAAGGACUCCAAAAAAUCUGGCCAGCCAUCUUGAGCUAGCUCGACGAGAAGGCUUCGUGCUCGGUGUGAAGCUGGUACGAGGGGCGUAUAUGGGCAGCGAUCCCCGAGAGCUGUUCUGGGGAACCAUCGAAGAGACCCACAAUUGCUACAACGGCAUCGCGAAGAGCAUCCUGCAACGGCGAUACCAGGGCAUCCUGCAGCCGGGGGAGGCAGGAUGCACGGAGUUCCCUCGGGUAGCUCUCGUGCUCGCCACCCACAAUGCGGAAUCGGUGAGACUAGCCAGCGAACUUCGAGAUGAACAAGCGCGCACUGGUGAAGCCCGGAUCGAGCUCGCAUAUGGCCAAUUGAUGGGGAUGGCGGAUAACGUCAGCUAUGAGGUGGUACAGCGGGCAAGGACCCGUCUAGCGUCACACAACAACAACAGCAGCGUGGAGGUUCCCAAGGCAUAUAAGUAUUUGGUUUGGGGCAAGAUGGGGGAAUGCAUGAAAUACCUCCUUCGCCGCGCCCACGAAAAUCGAGAUGCCAUGACCAGGACGGUCGAGGCACGACGGGCAUUGGGUCGGGAGUUGGGCAUCAGAAUGGCGUUCUGGCGGCGCUGA